UCCUAAUGGUCUACUAGACCCAGUACUGGGAUUCUAACAUCUGACUUAUGAGAAAAGUUACUGAUGUCUUGAUCAUUUAGUUGCUUAUGUCGGGUUGGCGUUCGAAAUUCAUUGAUAUACUGAAAUCGCGAAAUCUUAUGAGUGAUCUCUUUCCUUUUCAUGUAGGGAUGGUGUUUCAUCCAUAUGGUUGAUAUGAAUUUUUUGCAUCUAUAAUGGCAAAGACAAUGUGUUGGCUUGGUUGGGUCAAGAGGUUUUUUAGUUCUGAUCAUCCCAAAACUAAAUCUGAAAAGAAAUCUAGAAAGUGGAGAUGGGUUACUGAAAGAUUCAAGACAAAGAAAUGUCCAGUGAUUGCACCACCACCACAAAGAACAUUGGUUGAAGCAACAGAUGAAAGGAGGAGGCAAGCUUUGAGUGUUGCUGCUGCCACAGCAGCUGCUGCCGAGGCUGCUGUUGCUGCUGCUAAUGCUGCGGCUGAGGUUGUCCGCCUUACAGUCACUUCAGGCUCCUACUGUCCGUUUUCGAAGAGAGAUCGAAUCUCGGCUGCCAUUAAGAUUCAAAGUUAUUUCAGGGGAUAUCUUGCAAAGAAGGCAUUGAGAGCGCUAAAGGGAAUAGUGAAACUACAAGCAAUAGUUCGCGGUCGAGCUGUGAGACGUCGAAUAGAAGCUGUUUUGAAGCGACCGUUGAUAAUCGAGGAAAGAAGGAAUUCAAAAAUGUUAAAGAAAAGAAACCUGAUUCCAGAGAAAGGUUGCAACAGUUGUGGGAAGAAGGUGUUCAUCCAACCAAAGGAGGAGUUUGAGGAAGAUGAGUUAAAGCUUGAUUUGAGUAAUCUGAGAAACUGGGAUGGCAGCAGUAUGUCUAAAAAGGGCAUUGAAGCUUUGCAGUUGAGAAAACAAGAGGCAAUAAUCAAAAGGGAAAGAAUGUUGAAAUAUUCAUUUUCACAUAGAGAAGGAAGAAACAUCCAAAUGGCAGAUGAAAGUCCCAGAAGAAGUUUAAGGCCAAGUGUGCACAUAAAUUUAGUGAGUGAUCAUCAAGAAAUGUAUGGGAAAAAAAUUGGAAACUAUGUGAAUAUGAGCUCAGGAUAUUCAUUCCCCAGAAGAUCCUUCUGCCAUUUAAAACAAAACUCAUCAAUUGGUGGUGGAGAUGACAAUAGUCCUUCCAUGGCAACAAGCUGUUCCUCUUUUUUUCCAACAUAUAUGGCUGUCACAGAGUCAGCUAAGGCUAAGACAAGAUCAAUCAGUACUCCUAGGCAAAGGCUUCCAUUUCUUAAUGAUGUCUCUUUUUGGUCAUCAUAUGAUGGAGAUUUUGUUAGGAGUAUCUCUAACCAUGUUUGAGAAUUGCUCUCUCUCAAAUUUACAAUUUUUUGUGCUAUUCAUAUUUUUGUGCUUCUGUGUGGGUGUGUGUGUUUUUCUUGUGGAGUUACUUUGAUCUCAUAGAUGAAAGAUUUGAUUAUGUUUAUUCAAAAAAUUCGAGGUGGGUUUUGUUGAUGUUGAAAAUGAAUCAAUUAUUAAAUUUGUAAAGUA